AUGAAAAGAGAUCCAGCAGAUCAUUAUGGUACGGAUGACCAGAAUGAUAAAGUGGCUAUUGUUGAUCAAGUAUUGUUGGAUAAUCAAGUCAUUGUUGGUCCUGGUUGUGGGAUAUACGCAAUUAUUGUUGGAAUAGCAACAAUUGUUGUUGGUCAAAGCUAUGGGAAUU